AUGCUUGAAAUCGCUUUAUCUUUAGCUUCAACAUGGGAAGAUUACUAUGAUUCGAUUAAUAGAAUAUCUAUUGAACUUAAUGAAACAAGGCAAGAACUUUGGUACCCAUUAAAUUAUCAAAUUUAUAGAUGCGAAUAUAUUGGGAUCGAAAAUCAUGCUCUAGAAUUCAUUUACACAAUGGAUAGCACACAUGUCUACACUGAAUCAUGCACAUUCAUAAAUUGCUCUAAUUUAUAUACAUUUGGAGGCUCAUUAUACUUCGGGGAUUCAGGAAGCUGCGUGAUGAUUAAAAAUUGCUUCUUAAACUCGAAAGGUUAUGGAGGUGUUGCCUUCUAUGUCAGAACAAGCACAGAUGGGUUCAAUCAUGUCGAUUCAAUAGCUGUUUUUGACUGCGGAACGAAGAUUGAUGAAAAUAACAGUACAAUAUAUUUUGGCAACUCUGUGACAAAGUUCCAACACUCAAAUAUAUCAAACAAUAGAUGUUACGAGUUCUCUGGCAUGUACAUAAAAGCCAUGGAAUUACCAAGCGAAUUCUUGUAUACCACAUUCGCAAAUAACACGCAAGAGAAGAGUAUUUUGAUUUUAUACGAAGGAGCUCCAACUCUGUCAUUUGUUUAUUGUAGUUUCUUGAAAAAUGUACAAAAUGCUAAAUCAAAAGAUCCAUUGAUAUUGGCCAAAUCAGGAAAAAUAACCUUCAUUCAAAGCUACUUUUAUGAAAAUGUUGCGGCAAAGUUACUUGAAUGUAAAGAAUGCGGACCAAUGGAUGCAGUUCAAGGAUCAACAUUAAAUCACGAACUUCCAAUAACAGUUUUGGGUGUUGAUAAAUGUUACUCUCUACCAAAAGAUUCUUAG